AUGUUUUUCAGACCGGUUAGAGGCGUUCUGAGAAUAGUGCGCCAUGCCCGGAUAAGCGCAAGGCCGCUUGCAACUUCUGUUCCCGAGGGCAUAUCCAUUUCGCUCAAAAACUCAACCAGAGAUGAUUCCAAGUACGGAACCAGACCAAUCUAUUUGGACGUCCAGGCAACCACGCCGACCGACCCACGGGUCUUGGAUAAGAUGUUGCAGUUCUACACUGGCUUAUACGGAAACCCCCACUCUUCGACGCACGCGUACGGAUGGGAAACAGAAAAAGAGGUGGAAAAAGCCCGUGGAUAUGUGGCCGAUGUGAUUGGCGCCGAUCCCAAGGAGAUCAUCUUCACCUCAGGCGCCACCGAAUCAAACAACAUGGCCAUCAAGGGUAUUCCUCGGUUUUACAAGAAGACCAAGAAACACAUCAUCACAACACAAACAGAACACAAGUGUGUUUUGGACUCGGCCAGACACAUGCAAGACGAAGGAUUCGACGUGACGUAUUUGCCCGUCUCCUCUGAAGGGUUGAUCAGCUUGGACGAUUUGCGCAAUGCCAUCCGCAAAGACACUGUGCUUGUUUCUGUCAUGGCGGUGAACAAUGAAAUUGGUGUGAUCCAGCCGUUGAAGGAAAUCGGCCAGAUCUGCCGGGAAAACAAGAUUUUUUUCCACACCGAUGCAGCCCAAGCGGUGGGUAAAAUCCCCAUUGAUGUCAAUGAAAUGAACAUCGACAUGUUGUCCAUUUCCUCUCACAAAAUUUAUGGUCCUAAAGGUAUUGGUGCUGCUUACGUGAGAAGACGCCCAAGAGUCCGGUUGGAUCCAAUCAUCACUGGAGGCGGCCAAGAGCGUGGUUUGCGUUCGGGUACUUUGGCUCCAGCCUUGGUGGCCGGUUUUGGCGAGGCUUCUCGUAUCAUCAAGAAAGAAAUGCCUUACGACUCGGCUUACAUCACCAAGCUCUCGAAAAAAUUGAAAGAAGGCUUGUUGUCUAUUCCUGAAACGCAGCUCAACGGUGUUGUGUCCGACUCAUCCAAGCAGUAUGCUGGUUGUGUUAAUAUCUCCUUUGCCUACAUUGAAGGUGAAUCGCUUUUGAUGGCUUUGAAAGAUAUCGCCUUGUCCUCGGGUUCUGCCUGUACAUCGGCUUCCUUAGAGCCAUCCUACGUCUUACAUGCUUUGGGUGCAGAUGACGCUUUGGCGCAUUCUUCGAUCCGUUUCGGUAUUGGCCGUUUUACCACAGAAGCCGAGAUCGACUAUGUGAUCCAGGCCAUCCACGAGCGCGUGGAGUUUUUACGUAAAAUGUCCCCAUUGUGGGAGAUGGUGCAGGAGGGUAUCGACUUGAAUUCCAUCGAGUGGAGCGGACACUAG